UGAUUCUCCUUGCUGAAGUCACGGCUGCUAUGAAAGUCAUUUUCAGAGUCAAAUACCAUAAGGAAAUUUCUUGUAUAGGCACAAAUGGUUUAGCUGUUAGAGCUCUUAGAACAAGAGGUAGAUCCCAAGGUGGAGCCCGUAUCUUGAUUGGAGGAUGGAUUCUUUUGGCAGCUGCCAAAAAUUGAAUGUCUAAAGGCUCCUCUGCCCAUCUCACAUUUAGCACUGUAGAAAGGGCUGAGACUUGCACCCGAAGGGAGCUCCAUGACAGACCUCUAUCUAGACCCGACUGAAGAAAUUCAAAAAUGUUGCUUAUAGAAGGCUGCACUGGAUUAAAACCUUGCCGUUGUGCAAGGUAAGAGAGUUCCUCCCCCCAAUCCUGGGCUAGGGCAUUCACUGCCUCGGCUUGCAGUCAUGGUACUCUUGAGAAGAACCUUGCCACCUUUGAGUUCCGUGGGGUUGCCAUCAGAUCUAUGGCCGGAAUCCCCCAUGUUAUCAAAUUGAAGACCUCUUGAUUCAGUUCCCAUUCCAUGUAAUCUAGAGGACGCCUGGAAAGAAAGUCUGCAGUGAUGUUCUCCAUGCCCGGAAUGUACACCGUGGUAAGAUCUUGUAGAUUUUCCUCUGCCCACUGUAGGAUGGGUUCUAUUUCUCUGAGGAGCUUUUGACUCCUUGUGCCGCCCUGCCUUCUCUCAUAGGAUACGGCCACAACAUUGACCUUCUCAUCUAAGAACGCUCUUAGAGCCUGCUCUAUGGCCCUUAGCUCUAAAAUGUUUGAAGGGACAUGCCCUAAGUUUAAAUGCCAGACACCUUGUGCUGAGUGGCCAAGGCAAUGUGCUCCCCAGCCUUCUGCUGAAGCAUCUGUGUAGACUUUGAUCCAAGUUGGUUCUAGGAUUGAAAACCCGUUUAGCAAAUUUCUUUCUUCGUUCCACCAACAAAGACUUGUUCUUAUUCUUUGUGGUAGAGGAAUCAACUGUGACGAAUUCUUUUGGUUUCUGUCCCACAGGCUCAGGAACUGGAACUGUAAAGGCCUCAUCUUCCACCUGGCCCACCUGACUAGGCCAAUGCAGGAUGCCAUCAGACCCAGAACUUUCAUCAUGUGUCUUACAAUGACGUGAGUUUGCAGACAAAUUUUGGAGAUCUCGGCUUGUAACUUUACAACUCUCUCCUGGCUUAAUUGGAUUAAGUUGUUCUUUGUAUCUAUAAGAGCCCCUAAAAACAUUAGAGUUUGAGAAGGGAGAAGAUUGCUCUUCUUGUGGUUUAUUAACCAACCCAAUUCUCUGAGCUUGGAUAUUGUCAGAUCCCGAUUCUUCACUGCUUGUUCUCUGGACCAGGAUACCAGGAGAAGGUCAUCCAAGUAAUGGUAAAUCCCUAGACCUGCCUAUCUGAGCCAAGCUAUGGCCACCACGAGAACCUUUGAAAAUGUCCUGGGGGACGUUGAGAGACUGAAGGGGACAAUGUGAAUUGAAUGUGCAAUGUUCAACAAAUUGAAGGUGCAACGUUCUCCAGGCAAAUCUCAGGAAGGACUGGUGUUCUACCAAUACUGGCAUGUGCAAAUAUGCAUCCUUCUGGUCUAUUGAAAUUAACCAAUCCCCACAAUUGACUGUUGGCCUAAUGGUAGCUAAUGACUCCAUCCUGAAGGACUGCACCUUUACAAAUUUGUUCAAUCUUCCCAAAUCUAGGAUUGCCCGAAGAUCUCCAGUUGUUUUUGCUACAAGAAAAAGUGGGGAAUAAAAUCCCUUUGUUUUCUCCAGGGUUGGAACCCUGAUGACUGCCUCCUUCAGGAUCAGUUGUUAAACAUACUCUUCCAUGGUUUGAAAAUCUUCCCUGUCCUUUGGGACUCGCAAAAAUAGUUUCGAAAAGGUUUUGAAGAAAAUUCUAUUCUGUAGCCCCUGAGGAUUAUGUCCAGGAGUCAGUCGUGAUUCCUGCCCAGGCCUCUCUGAACUGUAGAAGUCUGGCCCCUACUUUCGAAGACUGAGCAGGCCCCAUCUCAUGCAGUUUUGUUCUGAGCCUUGGGAACCUUCAGAAUGUCCAAGACUAAAGUCUGUAGUACCCUUUUGAUUUUUGUAGCAACUUUUAUUAUUAGCUUCACUCAUUAUCGCAUAUUAUUCAAGUCUCUGAAAUUUCAUUAUCAGGAUGUAAAAUACUCCAAGCAACCUGUUACACCUAGUGACCAUGAACAAAGAAUAAUAGACAUAUUCAGUUCUAUAAACAACAAAAUCCCCAGUGUUUCAUUCAUAAAUAUUAACCAUACAACCAGUGCUAAGAAAAGCAAAGCUUUCAUUUUAGAUCACCCGAAAGAGUACUGUGUUGGAGACUCUUUAACUAUCCAGCUUGAUAUGUUUGAUUAUAUUGGUAAAAAGAAGACUUAUGGAGGAGAUUACUUAAGAGCAAGAAUUUUUUCACCAAAACUUGGAGCUGGAGCUUCUGGAAUAAUAAAAGAUUUUAAAAAUGGAACAUACCAUGUGCAGUUUAAACUGUUCUGGGAAGGGAACGUACAAAUAUCCAUAUUGCUGAUGCAUCCUAGUGAAGGAGUGGCAGCUUUAUGGAGAGCAAGAAAUUCAGGUUAUAAAAACAUUAAUUUCAAUGGAAAAUUUCUUAAUAAGUCUAAGGAAGUACAGACAGAAUGUGGAUUUCAUUUGGACUCACAAGAAGAAAAAUGUGAAUAUGUUGCAGCUGAAGAAUACUUUUACUGCAUCAAACCCUUUGGAGUACCAUGUGACGCAUUCAUUUCAAUGAACAGCUACAACCGACCCCACGCUUACCUCACUGAAUUGGAGAAAAGUCUGUUUAUUAGAUCAAACAUUGCUGCAGAAAUUCCACAGAAAUUUGGAAGCAUUGAUGUUUUAAGCUGUCAAAGAAACAGUGGAAAAGUAAAGCCAAAAUGUUCAGUUGGAAUGUAUCCACCAUUCCCAGGUGGUUAUUUUUUUAACAAUGUUUGGCAUCCUGUGUUCUGCAACCUUUCCACAUAUGAACCACACUCUCUUGUGGACAAAUGUUUGUCUGAUAAACUAAUUUAUCUUAUGGGAGAUUCAACCAUUCGACAGUGGAUUGAAUAUUUACCAAGCAUUAUGAAAGGUCUGAAAUUUUUUAAUCUUCAUGGAAUAGGCUGGCAUAAGACCCAUUUAGCUCUGGACAUGAACUUAAAUACUUAUAUUCAAUGGAAAAAGCAUGGACACCCAUUUGUAACUAUGAGCUUCUUUACAGUAAAACAUUAUACUUCUGUCCCUCAAGAAAUUGACAGACUUGCAGGAGGCCCAUACACUGUUAUUGUCAUUGCUCUUGGACAACACUUCAGACCUUUUCCUAUUACCCUGUUUAUCAGAAGACUUCUUAAUGUGCGCAAAGCCAUAGAACGACUUUUUGUUCGUAGUCCUGAUACAAAGGUCAUAAUCAAAUCUGAAAACACUAGAGAAGUAAACACAGAUGUGGAGAGAUUCAGUGACUUUCAUGGCUACAUCCAAUAUCUGUUGGCAAAGGACAUCUUCCAAGGACUGAAUGUAGGAAUCAUUGAUGCAUGGGACAUGACAGUUGCUUCAGGGUCUUUUGAUGUUCAUCCAGCAUCAUCAGUUAUUAAAAGUCAAAUAAACAUGUUUUUGGAGUUUUUAUGUUAAUAGGUCAAUAAUUCAGCAGUUUUAUUUAUUUUGAUAUAAAAAAUUCUGAGGCUAAACAGCAUUUGUAACUGUAAACACAUAAUAUAGAUAUGUAUGUGUUUAGCGUAACUCAACCUUAAUCUAAUAUGUCUUUAUAUUUUAAAGUUAUUAUUAUAUUGCUAUUUUAAAAAAGUAUAUUUUGCUUUGUCUUCUAAAGAUUUAGAAACAUGCAAAAUAUGUAUCUUUUUAAAAUGUUUAUCACAUAUAUAUUAUUUCCUUACAAUGGAUUUUAAUAAUAUGCUGUUUUUGUUCCAAAGAAAUUGAACAUUUAUCAAUUACUGUGGGCUAGAUAAAGAAGAAUUUAGAGGAACGCUUCUAAACGCAUGGAUAAUGCAAUGCAGUAAAGGCUUCAAACAUAUUUAAACAACCCCUAAUCCUAUUUUUUUUCCCUCACAGGAACAGAUUCACUUUUUCAGUAUUGGUAGGCCUGUGUUCUCUGCUGCUUCCCUUCAAACUGGCAUACCUUACCAGUGCCGCAGAAGCAGAUUAAUAAUGGUUGGUGAUGUCCCUUGUACCCAUAUUACCUUUUGAAAUGUUCCCAUACACAGGAAUUCAACAUACAGCAGAGGGCCUGGGACCCAAGGCCUGGGCUUAUGUGGUCUUCUGAUAAGUUGGGCUAAUUACUGCCUUCCUAAAUAAACUAUAGAUUUUAUAGUAAGACUAGUGUUUAGGCAGUCCCAAACUUUAAAGGAGAAGGAAAGGCUAAUAAAGAGUUAAUCUCAAGAUGCAGGCAUACCUUCAGUUGUCUCAAUA